CUCCUCUUUGGCUCAUCACCAUCACCACUGCCAUCACGACCAUCAAAGCAACCGCGAAGACGCCUGCCACUGCCACCAGCAAAACCUUACCUACUGUUCCUGGCGGCGAAGCAAGAAACCCACCAAUGAAGAGCGAGACUGGCUCGCCGUCGCUGUCGUCGCAGGGCGCGUCGCCUGGAAGCUAUGCGUCGCCCGCGGGGACCCACGCCACCACUGUUUCGUCCUCAUCGUCGAACCACGGCGGCGAAGAGACGAAGCUGAUUGCCUGUCGCUGGCAGGGCUGCGACCAGCCAUUCGAAGACCCCGAGGACCUCUACCACCACCUCUGCAAUGCUCACGUCGGGCGCAAGUCGACCAACAACCUCUGCCUCACCUGCAAGUGGGAGGGCUGCGAUGUCUCCUGUGCCAAGCGUGACCACAUCACCAGUCACUUGAGAGUCCAUACGCCACUGAAGCCUCAUGCAUGCGAGUCGUGUGGGAAGCAGUUCAAGCGGCCCCAGGAUCUCAAGAAGCACGAGCGCAUCCACACUGAGCAGCAUCAGCAGCAGCGUCAGAUGAAGUUUCAGUUGGCUGCGUCGACGCCAUCGCCCUACGGCCAGGCUCCUGCUGCAGCGAUCCCCGACGCCCACACCUACAACAAUUACCACCUCGCCGCCGCCCAAGCCGCCAGCCCACGGUCGCAGCAUGCGCAACCACCUCCUCAAUUCCAGUAUCCGUUCAACAGCGGUGGUGGUGCCCCCUCUCACCCCCCACCUACCCCUUCCUCACGGCUCUACCCCACGGCUUCCGGCUACCCUAACCUCACGCCGCCCUCUCGAUCGAACUACCCCUCAUCGCUCUAUACGUCCCAGGGCUACGCUAAUCCUGCCAAUACUGGCUUCCGGCCUCGCGAUGCCACGCCAAGCUACGUCCACGACACUUCGUCAGCACCUUCGCUCUCGCCCAUGUCAUCUCACCUUGGCACCCCCGCCGCCGGCAGCAGCCCGUCUGUCUACUCCAACAUGCCGUCGUCGAUGCAGCAGCAGCAUAGCGGUGACAGGUCCAACUCGUACCUGUCGAUGCAGAGCGAGCGGCCAAAGGCCCACGACGAUCCAAAUUCGUACGGCUACCUGGCAAAUGGCUCUUCGGUUGCUGGAGCGAAGCGAGGUUACGAUGCCGAUGCGCAGACUGCCUUUUGGGAAGACGUCCGCCGUAAGCGAGUCGCGCCCACCUACGAUCCAAACAUGGCGCAGAGGCUCGAGCACACCUUUGCCAACGGCAUCGAUGAUGCCUCGCUCCAGGCCCUCUUUUCGUCCGUUGAGUCGGCCAACAACGGCAACAGCAACAGCAGUGGUAGCAACAACAUGCCAGCUCACACUGGCCCGGUAGACCAGAGGCUCUCGCUUCCCGAGGCAUUCAAGCAGACAGACCUGGCCGAGCUCAAUGCGUUCCUGCUCCAGGUCGGAGCAGGUGCCGCCCGGCCUGAUGCUGCCCCGCAGCAGCAGGAGCACGAGUCGACGGUGCCUGCUGGCAACUUUGACUUUGCUCACCUUCUCCACCAGGCCGGCCUGAGCCAGAUUGCCGGUUUCGACGAGAACCUGCUCAACUACCCUGUCGACAUGAAUGCGCACCCGGAGCGCCCCAUUGCACAGCUGCCUCACCGUCAGCAGCCACACCACUCCUUUGACAACAUUCGUCCAUCGCGAGGACCUGCCAUGGUGCCUCAACUGGCACCCAGGGAUGUGGGCAGCAACCUUUACCGUCAUGUCGAGCCUUUGACUCGGGCCGCUCCCCUGUCUACCGACCGUGCACAGCCGGUGCUGUCGUCGGCCCCGCUCAAGGACACCGAAUCGGAUGACGAGAUGGAGGUCGAAUCUUCAUCCUCUUCGUCUUCUUCUUCACGAGGUCCUCUCUAUCCUCGUGUCACCACCGGCAGCAUCUCUAGGCGGUUGCCUGCGCUCUCUGGCAUCGAGCGAGGCAAUGCUUCGUCAAUCAGCUCGAUUCUCUCCAGCAAGCCUCUUCCACGGCGAAACGAGGGCUAUGCCACUUCAUAUCGCCACACAAGCUCAAGCCGAAGUAGAAGCUCAUCGGCCAGCCCACCACCGCCGACAAACGUCGAGAGCGAAGGACGGAGCCCCAGGCUGUAUCCAACCCUUCGACAGGAGAGCACUUCGAGCAUGGAUGGCAUCACGGAGGAUGUAGCAGCCAUCAAAGUCGGAAGGAGCGUCUCCUCGUCGCCGACCCCAGACGUUCCCGAGGCAGUCCGACAGAGCCACGCUCGCAUCAUUGUCGACCUCCUCAUCGCCCUCAACUUUCCCGAGCGAAGAACAGUGCAUCGCGAACACCGGCUCCCGCCCCUCCGGCUGCACCAUGAUGACUCGACGAUGGUUGACGAGAACAGGACCCCUACACGGGCCCAGUCCGUGCGCGACGACGACGAGGAGGAGGAAGUGGACGAGAUUGAGGAGGCUCCCAUGGCGAGCACACCCAAGCUCGAGUCGCAGAGGAUUCUGCCCAAGAUUGCCGACCUCCUGAACAAGGAAGACGUUGCUCCUGGUCCAAAAGGCGCUGGCGGCCGCAAGAUUAUGGAUGUAGAUGUAUAGGCCUAUCGAAACUCUGUAUAUUUUGUGAUAAUUCUUCUCUCUCUUCCUAGGACAAUUCUUCACCCUUUUUUUUUCUCUUUCGCAAUGUCAGGCGACUUAUACAUCG